AUGGCCCUCGUCCGCGACCCCUACUUCUGGAAGCGUUUCUCCACAGCCGUGCACAUGCAAGAAGAAGCGGAUGCAGAAGCCAACUCCGAAACCAAACUCGAAGCACAAGAACACUCCGAAACAACCGAACCAGAGAAGAAGAUGGACUACAAGGAGCUGAAGAAAAAGGAGAAGGAGCGGAAGGAGAAGGAAAAGGCGAAAGAGAGGCAAAAGAAGAAAGAAGAAGAAGAAUCGUGGCUCUCGCGCGAACGCAAGAAGCGCAAACGCAGUUUCCUCGUCGGCGCCAUGAUCUGUCUGCUCAUAUUGUGUCUUGUUGCGGGUGCCGUGGUGGUCUGGUGGCUCAGUGAGCAUAAUUGGUUGCAGGGCCAGGCGAGUGUGCAGUGA